AUGGACGCAUCAGUGGUCUAUGCUGACUUAAACCUAGCCAGGACCUGGGAGCCUAAGAGUGCAUCAUCUCCAACUCUUCCCCAAGACACCUGUCGGUGCCCACGCUGGCAUCGGUUGGCUCUGAAACUCGGUUGUGUUGGGCUGAUCCUUCUUGUCCUGGGUGUGAUCGGGCUCGGUGUGUUAGUGCUAUCCUUGCUGCAGAAAACACCAGUAGGAGGAAGUGUAGGAGGAAGCAUGGGAGGAAGCGUAGGAGGAAGCGUCGGGGAUAACCGAGAGAACAACAGGACGAAACCAACAGAGAGCCCAGCUAAGUUAAACUGCACAAAAGGCUGGCUUCUACACCGAGAUAAAUGCAUACAUUUUUCUCAAGGGAACAACAUGUGGAAGGAAGGUUUAGCUGACUGCUCUACAAAAGGGGCCACUUUACUGCUCAUUCGAGGCCAAGAAGAACUGAGAUUGCUAAAGGACUUGACAAAUGAAAAAGACAGUACAUUUUGGAUUGGACUAAGUUACAAAUUGUCAGACAAGAAUUGGAAGUGGAUAAACGGCUCUACUCUAAGUUCUGAUGUCUUACAAAUCACUGGCGAAGCUAAAACAGACAGCUGUGCCGCCAUCACAAAGGGCAGAGUGAUUUCUGAGGACUGUGCUUCAGAUAACAACUGGGUCUGCCAAAAGGAACCAAAACUCAUCUCUGAGACCGUGUGCAAUGAUGCCUGACUGCAAAUCCCAUCUUCAUUACUCCACCGUCCACACCAGAUCUCUGCACUCAAUCUGCCUGGGCCGUUGUCCACCCCCGCCCUCAGUGCACAGUUAGUGGCACAAAGGAUGGAUUCUAAAGCCACUGUGGCUCUCGCAGAUGCCCGUGUCUAGUUUCUUUAUUCUGUAAAGGGGACAGAGACGCUGAUGUGCCCGUCUCAGAGAGGUGCUCUGUAGAAAGAAGCCUGGGCAGACCUUGUGGAAAGAAAUCCAGACAGCUGAGGAGCACUGGAUUCUUUUCUGUAGUCUGUGUGACCUUGACUGGUCUCUGGGCCUGCAGAGCCCUCAUCUCUCCGCCCCCUUCUGGCCUGCAGGCUUACCUGUAGCCAGAACACUGUAUACAAAACAAAUAAAU